AUGAAGAGAAAGAGAAUUCGAUUGAUACCAGGAGCAAUCUUGAGAAGAGACAAAGGAGGAGGGCAAUCACAGAUGCAAGGAGGGCAAGAAGAGGCUUUGGAAUCAGAGAAUCCAAUUGUCUUCUUGAAUCUCCAAUAUAAAGCAGGACCACACACACCUAAAGCUGAAAUGACUGCAAAUAUCACCAAACAACACCUCAAGCAAGCCCCUGAUCUCCUUGACAUUUCUCUUUCUCUCUCUUUCUCCAAUCAAGUAUCGUGCAACCUACCUGUUAAGGCUAUUGAGAGUAAGAGAUGGUUACUUGCUGGUUGGAUCCCAGACUGA